UUUAAAGUCAUUAAGUAAAAUUCAUAUAAAUUGGCAACACUUUCAAGAACCCUAUUCCGUAAAUAAAUAGAAUGUAAGCGUUCUGAUUGGUCGACGUCAGAGUUCUAUCGUUUGUUAUGCAGUCGGCUUUACUGAUAAUAAAUGGGCGUUUUCUAGUGUCGCGUCGCAUCGCUUGUUUUCAUUGUGGAUGGGGUGUCCCUCCCUCCCUCCCUCCCGUAUCCUCGUUUAUUGUGUGCUCAGCAGGGUUCCCUUGAACUGAGAUGCUGGAGACGAUUGAUAGUAUUUAGGCGAAAACAUUGGAUUCUCGUGUAGCUAUGUAGAACGUUUUUCCGCAGCGCUCGCGAUAUCAACAUUGACUUUGUAUCGUGCAGAACGAGAACCUUAUCUCUAGUGAACCUGUCACCAAUGGCUGAUUCACAGACCACCUCUACACCCGAUCCUAAGUUGCAUUGCCAACGCACAUCGGCCUCACUUUCAUUACCUGUUCUGAGGGAGGGUAGUAUUGUGUUGGAGAGGAAACCGCCUCAGACCGGGGAGCCACUCAGUCCAUUACCAACCAAGCGCACACGCACCUAUUCAGCAUCGGUGAGAGCAAAAUCUGGACCAGUUUACAAGGGAGUUUGCAAGAACUUCUCAAGGUCACAGGGUCAUGGAUUCAUUUGCCCCUCCCAUGGAGGUGAAGAUAUUUUUGUUCACAUCUCCGAUAUUGAAGGUGAAUAUGUACCAAUGGAGGGAGAUGAGGUGACCUACAAAGUGUGUCCUGUUCCUCCAAAGAACAUAAAAUUUCAAGCUGUUGAGGUGGUCAUCACCAACCUUUCUUCCGGGAGGAAGCACGAGACUUGGUCUGGGCAAAUUAUGAGCUCUUAGCUUUGACUUUCAAUGGCCAGCAAAAGAAUAACAUUCAGAGAGAGAGAGAGAGAGAGAGAGAGAGAGAGAGAGAGAGAGAGAGAGAGAGAGAGAGAAUAAA